AUGACCACAACGGAAAUAUGGGGGUUUUCAUCCGCUUUUUAUAACAAACAAAGAUCAACUAACUCGUUAAGACCAUUAACUUCAUUAAGUUUGACAAAUUACGUACAACAAACGGCUAGUUUUAUGGGGCGGCGAAUUGCAAGAAAAUAUGCGUGGAAUUGGUGUGGAAGGGGAAUAGAACAACAAGGAACAAGACAAGGAACAAGUUUGGAUGUUAAAAAUGAUAAACAUUACAACAUUGUGUAA